AUGAUCUUGCCCAUGUUGCUCAUUUGUGUUGCAUGGAUACCACUGCCUGUUAUUUGCUUGAUGGAGUGCCAUCCGCGAAACUCUUCCCACCUCCAGUUUCAUUUGGUGCGCGAAUGUCAACGAGCUGCCCAUCAUAUAUUGGCUCUCGAGAAUACCCCCACGUUCGCGGACUGUGCAGAAUUGGCUCGAGAGUGGCGUGGCCUGGCCUUGAACUACUCCCCAGGUGGUAAGAGGCGCAGCAGAAAUCGUUACGCCCAGCAAUUCAACGAGAAAUCCGUUUUUAAAUACCAGCGCAGUCAACUGAGCGUUUUUGAGCAGCCGGCCGAGUUCUUUAACUGUCAUGUCCUGCAGUGUCCACAGAACGCCAGCUUUUCGGCAAUGAUCAACGAUAGCCGUUUUGAUUAUUACAGCUUAUAUGGCAGGCCUGUAGCAUUGCAAAACUACAGCUGUGUGCCAGAAGUUGGCCUUUUUUUGCUCUACACAGAGCCGACCAAAUACACCAAUGCAUCCUUGGCGUGCAGCAACUCCAGCGAGUUUAUCGGCAGUUUAGCCCACGUUGCAUCCGAGAGGCGUACAGAUGCAUUAUCACGAUUUAUUUUUGAUUAUAAUAAAAGACGAAGUACUCUUGAGCCUACACCAGGCAUUUUUCUGGCUUAUGUCGGCCUGCAGUACAAUAGGACAACAGCGCUUAAUAUUCACGACUUUCGCAAUGCGCAAAACGAAAGUCUUAGCUGCUUCCUCUACCGAGCCUGGGAUGUGGGCCAUCCACGACGUGGGUGAGUCCUGUUCAAUGCAAGUUGCGUAGCCUUGACGCCUCACAGAACUUGGCAAACAGUAAGUUGUGUACAUAAGCUGCCCUAUAUAUGCGAAAUCUUCACGACACCAACUUCAAGUGCCACUGGACAGCUGGAUGUUGGCCCAAAUGCAGUGGCCGAAUGCCAGAAUAAUUGA